UUGUUAAACUCUCCUCGUAAACAGAAAGAACAUGUUGAGUUUGAGCAACGACUAGAAGACGUUUUCAAUGCUUAAUGCUGUAUCAACACGGCUUCUAGAUGGGACCUAAAAGGAAACGCUUUGAUUCUUAUAAUACUCUCACACAUCAGCUAGAUCCCAGUUCAAAGGAUAAGGUGGACAAACUAUUUGAUAAAAAAUUCAGAUAUUCUACUCUCAGACACAAAACCGUCACCCCAAGACUGAAUUGUCAAGAUAGUAAACAGACACAGGGGAAGCAGGUCGGAGAGGGAAGGAGGUUAGCCGUCUGCAAUGACGGAUCGAAGACAGAAAGCCAGGAAGUCAGUGAAGCAUCAGAUAAUGAAGAUCUCUGCUGGAAUAUAAAGGAUCUCCUUUGCCUGAAGGAAGAUCUCAAUGCCCUCAAGGAUGAGCUGAGCGACAAGGAUGUUCUGGAAUGGCACAAGCACACCUGUUUCACCAACCUAGCAGGUGGAGUUGUACAAGAGAUCAAACAGGUCUUCCAUGCAGAGCUGUGUACGCAGGCAUGGGGCAAGUUCUUCGAGAUUGUGUCGACCUUCACUCUUGUCCCACUGAGAGCAGACACAUUCAACUCUGUCCAUUUGUGUGAGGCACCCGGCGCCUUCAUUGCUGCUCUUAACCACUUCCUCAUGUCUCAAGCUUUCAGUGGAACCUGGUCAUGGCUCGGUACAACAUUGAGUCCCUACUAUGAGGGGAACAGUCUAGUCCAGAUGAUCGAUGAUGACAGGUUCAUCAGGCUGACCCUGGACAACUGGUACUUCGGGGAGGACGGAACCGGGAACAUCAUGGACUACGACAACCUCCAGGGCCUGAAGAAUAUAACACAUCACAUGGGGGAUAUCCAACUGGUGACGGCAGACGGCAGUAUCGACUGUCAGAACACUCCAGCCGAACAGGAGGUUGUGGUGUCCCAUCUGCACUACUGUGAAGUUCUGACAGCUCUUCAGAUCUUAUCACCAGGGGGAGCUUUUGUCCUGAAACUCUUCACAAUGUUUGAGUCUUCCACCGUGUGCCUUAUGUAUCUUCUUUGUUCACAGUUCGAACAGGUGAACGUGUUCAAGCCGCCUACCAGCAAGUCGGGUAACUCUGAGGUGUACACCGUCUGCCUGGGCUACAGGAAGCAGAUGAAAGGUCAUGCACUCGAGGCGCUGUGUCAGCAUUUCUUCUCUUCAACAGCCACACAAGAAAUCCCAAUAUUUGAGAAAGCAGAUAUACCUCCAUCAUUUCUGCAAGAACACAUUGAAUGUUGCCGAUUCUUCACAAAGCAUCAGUCAGACACGAUCCGCAGCAACAUUCACCUGUACGGGGACUUCACGCCGGACCAGAGGACGAAGAUGCAGGCCAUGAGGGACUACUGCACGGAGGUGUUCGUCAACACCUACCACGUGAACACCAUCCCCGGCUACAUGAAGAUCACACACCAGUCACACAAGGUGGGUGCAAACAGUCUAAAACAUUCUUUCCUCAGAAUUAUGCAUCCAAGUUUGAAAUCAUCUCUCCGUCGAUCCGGGAAACAGGGCGGUGGAUAUGACAAGCCUGUAUCCCAGCGUAUACACUCAGGGUCGUUCAAGUGUAGGGUGGAACAGAGUCAGUUGCCAUGGAAACAGAGGGUGCAGCUGAUGGAGAAGCUAGAUGUAAAGGAUGACCACAUGUCGCUGGAGUGUACAGACCCCCUACAUCCAUCCGAGAUUAACCACUGGACAGCCGGUAAAGGGAGGCCACUCUCACGUGUGAAAAGCUCACGGUUUUGUGAUGGCUACUUCACCAAAGAGAUGAACACAGUCUUAGACCAUGCACAGUUAACUACAGAUAGAGACCCAGGGCUUUGCUACAAGGAGGUGGCACAUGUCAUCUCAGAGCUGCUAUCUCAGUCAGCCGGUGCCAACAGUCAACAGGUGGCACUGAUGGUUGCAGAUGACGACUUGCAUCUCUACCUUGAAGAACACCUUCCCUACAGGUGUAGCACUUUGGACAACAUCGGUGACAUGCACAUCUCUGACAGCGGCAACACUGUUGUAUUGAGUGUCUGUGACGUCACCCUUGAGACUGGUAGAGAGGAACUAGCUGUACGCAGGAAAUUCUUGUCAAGACUGAUCCGAGUUCUCAAGGUUAUACCUGAGGGGGGCCACCUUGUGCUACACCUCCACACCUCCCUGACGUUCUUCACCUCCAGCCUACUCUACAUCCUAGCACGCUUGUUCUCCCAGGUGUCAAAGUGUCCACAGUUGCCAGGUGUAUGGUUACAGCAGGUGUUGUACUUUGAGGGGUUCACUGACCUGCAUCCAAGCGUGUUGACGUACUUGGAGUCUGUUGAUUCCCAGUGGUCGGCUCAGACCAGACCGGACAUGGAGGUGUUGGAGGUUCUUCCGAAAAAAUUCAUUGUAAAUGAUUUUGUGUUUACCAGGUUCAUGUUAAGUGUGAACAGAAGUUUAAUCGGCAACUUUGUGGAUGCUGUGAUCGAUGCAGAGAGGGCACGUCUGUCAGAUGGUGACUCAGAACCAAACACAUCCACCCCAGAGAGCUGACAUGAAAAGGACACAUCCACCCUGCAGACCCCACAAGAUUCAACUACUUCAUCCAGUAACACAUGAACCAAACAUAUCCACCCCAGAGAGCUGACAUGAAAAGGACACAUCCUUCCUGCAGACCCCACAAGAUUCAACUACUUCAUCCAGUCAAAUAGACAUGACCCAAGUACAUACACCCUAUGCAGUAAAUGAGACCC